UGAGCGGUGUCUCAUGUACGCAGUCAGACUGCCGGGGCUGGAGUGAAAUAAGUCCGACGAAGAAACCACCAUAGGCUUUACAGUCUACACUGAGACAUUUUUAGUGUAAUUCCUUUCCGUCUCUAUCCUGCUUUGGUUUAAGCACAAGGUUUUUUCACCGAGCGCUCCAAGCUUACAAAGGACAUUUUACGAAUUUUGGACAGUUUAUAUUUUCUUUUGUUGCUGGUCAGUUCGUUGCGAUAGACCAAGGUCGAGCGCAGUUUAACAACUGCACGUUUAUUGGAUAACACCUGUCCUGACAGUUAUAUGUAAUUUUAUACAUUUCUUUAUUUUUUCUGUGAAAGUCAAAGUUUCGCCAGACUUGGGUAGCAUACCCGAAAACCUUCUUGACGUGGCUGGCUCAAAGGGUCCUGGAAAGCCUUCGGGUGACUGUCAGGUAUGUCUGUAGCAGUCAGCCAGUCUCCAGACAGGUAACUUGGUGAGCUGUCGCUGCCAUGGCAACGCUGAAGCUGCAGUUGUUGCCGGUCAUCGCCGUGGCCCUGUGGACAACCUGGGUGUUGGCACAGGAUCAAGAGUGGCACUUUAACUCAGCUCAGUGUCGUUAUGCCCUGGGCAUGGAAGAUGGCAGUAUCCCUGACUCAGCCAUCACUGCCUCCAGCGCCUGGUCUGACUCAACUGAAGCCAAGCAUGGCAGGUUGAGCACGGGUGAGGGGGAUGGGGCGUGGUGUCCGAUGGGGGCAGUGUACCCCAGCGGCUCUGAGUAUCUCCAGGUUGACCUUGGAGCUCUUCACUUCCUGUCCUUGGUUGGCACACAGGGUCGCCAUGCCGACGGCCAUGGACGGGAGUUUGCCCGCAGCUAUCGGCUGCGCUACUCCCGUGACGGACGCCAGUGGUUCACCUGGAAGGACCGCUGGGGCCAGGAGGUGAUCUCAGGCAAUGAGAACACUUACGACGUUGUCCUCAAGGACCUGGGCCCCCCUGUUGUGGCUCGUAUGGUGCGCUUCUACCCCCUGGCCGACCGCGUCAUGAGCGUGUGUCUGAGGGUGGAGCUCUACGGCUGUCUGUGGAAUGAUGGUCUGAAGGCCUACACAGCUCCUGUAGGGCAUGUCAUGCACUUGUCUGGCGCCCCUGUCUAUCUGAACGACUCUACCUAUGAUGGCAGCAUCGAGGCAGGGGUACAGUUUGGUGGUCUGGGCCAGCUGUGCGACGGCGUGCUGGGUGGUGAUGACUUCACCGAGAGCAAGGAGUUGCGCGUGUGGCCAGGCUACGACUACCUGGGGUGGAGCCGCGAGGCGCUGGGCCAGGGCAGUGUGGACAUCGAGUUCCACUUCGAGAAGACGCGCACCUUCCACACCAUGCAGGUCCAUAGUAAUAACCGCCACACGCAGGGCGUCCGCGUCUUCAACAAGGUGGAGUGUGUGUUCAAGCCGACACUGCUGCAGCCCUGGUCAUCGCCGCCGCUCACCCUCCCGGUGCCCCUGGCCGACCUGAAGGACCCCUCCUCGCGGCCCAUCUCACUGCCACUCGGCGGGCGUCCCGCCCAGAUCCUGCGCUGCCAGUUCUUUUUCACCGACCCCUGGCUCCUGAUCAGUGAGAUCUCCUUCUACUCCGAGCCGUACGUGGGGAAUUUCUCGGAGACGGCCUCCGUUGUCCCGGUGCCUCCUCCCGCCUCGCCCUCCAGCACCCCCUCUCCUGCCGCUGCCGUGCCCACCUCCCCUCGGCCCUCCCUCACUCCAGAAGCAUCCAACCGCACCAGUGAGCCCACCGACCCCCCCACGACAGUCACCCAACCCGUGACGAACAGCACGGUCAACGAAGCACUGGCAGGGGUCGAGUUCGCUGCCAUGACCCCCAGGCCAGGCGUGCCCGUCGCCAAGGACGACAGCAGCAACACGGCCAUCCUGAUUGGCUGUCUGGUGGGCAUCAUCCUGCUGUUGCUGGCCGUCAUCGCAGUAAUCCUCUGGAGGCAGUACUGGAAGAAGAUAUUGGGAAAGGCCCAGGGCAGUCUGUCGAGCGACGAGCUGCGCGUCCACCUCUCGGUCCCCGCCGACAACGUGGUGAUCAACAACACACACAGCUACUCCAGCCGCUACCAGCGCAUCCACACCUUCCCCGACGAGCGGGAGCGUGAGGGCGAGGGCGAGUACCAGGAGCCCAGUGCCCUGCUGCGGCCCCGCGACGACUGUGACAGCACAGCCUUGCUGUUAAACAACCCAGCCUAUCACCUUCUCCUGUCAGAGGCGAGGUAUGUGCCCAGCUGGCUGACAAACGCCCCCAGGUCUCAGGAAAAGCCCCAGAAUGUGCCCCAGGCCUGUGGCGUUGACAUGGACAUGGAGAAGUUUCCGUCCACCCAGGACGAGCCGCCACCGUACCCCGGAGCACCACCGUAUCCCCACGGCCCCUCGUCGUCCCCUCCCCCGCCACUGCUCCCCCCGCUGGGCCCGGCCAGCGUGCCGCACUACGCCGAGGCCGACAUCGUGUGCCUGCAGGGAGUCAGCGGCAACAACACCUACGCCGUGCCGGCGCUGUCCUCCUCGCCGCCCGACUGCCCGCCGCUGCCCGAGCUGCCGCGCCACUGUCUGCUCUUCAAGGAGAAGCUGGGAGAGGGCCAGUUUGGGGAGGUCCACUUGUGUGAGAUCGAGAAUCCUCAAGAUCUGCCCAACCUCGAGUUCCCCUUCAACGUGAGGAAAGGCCGCCCCUUACUGGUGGCAGUGAAGAUCCUGCGCCCAGAUGCAUCUAAGAAUGCAAGGAAUGACUUCCUGAAGGAGGUGAAGAUCCUGUCUCGGCUGAAGGACCCCAACAUCAUCCGGCUGCUGGGCGUGUGUGUGAGCAGCGACCCGCUCUGCAUGGUCACCGAGUACAUGGAGUGUGGAGACCUUAACCAGCACCUGUCCCAUAGGGUGCUGCUGGACAAGUCUGGACCCUCUCACAACACACCAACCAUCAGUUACCCGGCUCUAAUCUCCAUGGCCAGUCAGAUCGCCUCUGGCAUGAAGUUCCUGUCGUCCCUGAACUUUGUCCACCGAGAUUUGGCGACGCGUAACUGCCUGGUGGGGGGAGAGCGUGGCGAGCCAGACGACGGCAGCGGCGAACGCCAGAUCAAGAUCGCUGACUUUGGCAUGAGCCGCAACCUGUAUGCCGGCGACUACUACCGCAUCCAGGGCCGCGCCGUGCUGCCCAUCCGCUGGAUGGCCUGGGAGUGCAUCCUCAUGGGGAAGUUCACUACUGCCAGUGAUGUGUGGGCCUUCGGAGUGACUCUGUGGGAGAUGCUCAACAUGUGCCAAGAACAGCCCUACUGCAACCUGACGGAUGAACAGGUCAUCGAUAACGCUGGGGAGUUUUUCAGGGACCACGGCAGACAGGUGUAUCUGUCCCGGCCGGCCGUGUGUCCCCAGGGCCUGUACGAGCUCAUGCUGAGCUGCUGGAACAGAGACUGCAAGCUGCGGCCCUCCUUCGCCCACAUCCACUCCUUUCUCACCGAGGACGCCAUGAACAUGGUGUAGAGACACCGGGAGAGAGAGAGAGAGAGUGUGCAGAAAGACAUUGUGUAUGACACCUCCUGCAGUAGCCCCACCCCACAGCCACACCCAGACACCCAGAGGCAGAGGGAAGGGAUCAGAGACGGGCCGUGCCUCUCCCACUCUCUCCACUGUACUGCCAGAGAGGUGGAGGGACACACGGCACGUGGGCCCUUGCCCUGUCCUCUGUGGUUUGGGUGGAGGAGGUGGUGGUGGUGGAGGCCUGGCCUGUGAACAACAGGACAGGUCACUGAAGAGAGAGAAGGAGAGUCUCUUGUAUAUUUGUGUAUUUCCUCUCGGGGGCUGUGACACGCCGCUGGAUCGGUUCUGGUUUUACAGCAGACCCCCACCCCCCCCCCACCCCACCCCACCCCCUCAACCUACAAACAUCCCAUAAUACUCACGAAUGUAACAGGUGGUGGGUCAUAGCGCUAGAUGCUAGAGGUGGCCAGCAUAGUUCAUGUGGGACUGAAUGUCACUGCUACACGGAUCUGUCAUGAUCAGUUAUCGCCAAUAUCGGCAGUACAUUUAUCAGUAAAUCAACUAAUUUAUCAGUAAAUCCAUAUACGCAGAUUAAUACUGUUUAAUCACUUAAUAAAUACAGUUUGAGGAAAUGAAUGUGAUAUGCCAUCACAUGCUAACCAAAGCAUUAUAUCAAUACUUAAUUUAACAAUUCAUCAAAAUUCUAAAUAUUAACUUUCUUAAUGCUUUCAUUAAUACAUUACUAAUUGUAGGCAAAAUGUGAUAGGCUGAUCAUCAGUGUCGGUGCACUGUAUUUGACAAGAUUGAUGGCAAGCUUUCUGCUGUCUGGUUUGGUGGGAAUUUCUCGAGGUGCAUCUGACCCUCUCUGGUGGAGGAUUACUGUGGUGUUCUCAUCUCAAUUCUGACCUUUGAGACUUUCAGAUUACAGUGUCAGAUCCUUUUCAUCAUUUUAAUCCUGGGGAAAUAUUCCUGUCAGUCCCAGUGUCCCCAUCUUGUGUUUUUUUGUGUUCUCUUUAGUAUUCCAGGCGAAUCCCUCGUUUAGCCCUCAGGCCCCAGAUUCAUGCGUCCAGAGGUCUGACUGACGGUCCAUCCGGCUGUUCAAUCAGCUCAGAUAUUACUGUGUCAUUUUAUGUCUCACUUAGUCUCCCAACUGAGAACCGUGACAGGGGUCAGUUACCCAAAACUAUGGUUGAAGGUGUGUGAAGUGGGACUGUGACUGGAUGAUCCCACGUGGACCGACCUGAACCCACCUGGACUGUGUGGUACUAUAAGUGGUUUUGCUCUGAGCCGAGUCUUAGAGGACGGUCCUCUGCUCUGCUCUCUUUCCCAGCCGUCAGACCGGACCCCCGGCAAGGGAGCCACGUGCAUGUCAGUGAGACUGACCCAAACAAAGAGACGUGCGACAGGGGACACAGCUUUGAAAAAGCUCACUGAAGACAAAUGAGAGGAGUGCCAAACAGGACUGGAAGCCGAGAGGCAAACAGAAGAAGCUGAGUUUGCUCCUCAUAAAAGUGUCUGAUCUUCCACAGGCAACUCCCUUUACCAAAAUAUAAACUGUUCAACAGCUGCACUUUAAACGCCUCAGUGGUUUCCUAUUGUCCCAACACAGUGCUAAACAACAAUUGAUAUGUUAUACUCUCGCUGACAUAUAAAUGAAUAUGUAUACGAAUAUACCUUAAUUCUGAGAUCAUUGGUAUGAUUGAGUAUUCAAUGUAUUUCAAACUUUGCUAAUAUUGCAUUGUUUAUUACUUACUUCACUAAUGUGUUAUUCCCCUCAUGCAUAGGGUUCAUGCAAUGCAAUGCAUAUGAUGACUGGUGGUAGAUUUGAUUGAUCAGAGCCACUGAUUGUUGAAUGGAUACUGAAAUAACAUUUGCAUACUGUGAUGCAUGUAAAUGUCACGAGAGAAUGUUGGUGAAUGGCUGUCAUACAGUAAUGUGCUUGUUGGAAGAAUUGCUUUUGAUACACUGUAAUCCAGUUUUUUAUAUAUAUAUAAAUGUGUACUUACAAACACUCUGUUAUGGGUUUCAAUUAUGUCUGUUACUGACAUCUGUUUAAGACAUUAAAAAAGAUUUGUAAAUAUUCACUGGGACAGAUUCUUGUUCACUAAUAUAUGGAAAUCUUAUGUUCUCUGUAUCUGAGGUCUCUGUUUCUGUGUAGAAAGCUUGCUGCCUACUGAUGCCAUUGUAAUUCAUUGCAUUGUCUAUUUUUGUAGAUGUUUUAAUAAAGGUAAACUUUUUAGAUCAAAA